AUGUAUAUGGCUAGGGAUGUUACUCUACCUAGCUUGAUAAGAGCCGAACGUGGAUUCAAGCACUUCACCGCCGAAAAUAUUCUUGGAAGAAUUGAAGCUCAUCAUGAUCAACUUAGAAGAGUCAAGAUAAAUCAAGAUUUGGCCGAGCUUCAAGAGCAAGCGGCAAGGAACAAUGGCAUAACAUUGCAAGCAAGCUACAAGGGCAAAAAGAAAGCAAAUCAAUCAUCCAAGAAUGAAGAAUCUAGCCAUGAAGAGGAUGAUGAGCUUGAUGAUGAUCAAAUGGCUUUGUUCAUCAAGAACUUUAGAAGAGUCUUUAGAAAGGGCAAUUUCCGGAAUUAUGGCAAGAACAAGGGCAAGUAUGAACCAAGAAGAAGAUCCAACAAGCCUUGUUUUGGGUGCAAGAAACUUGGACAUUUCAUUGCGGAUUGUCCAGAAGAGAAGAAAAAGAACAAAGACAACAAAAAAGGCUCUUCCAAGAAAGAAAGACCAAGAUACAAGAAACAAGCUGGUGAAGCUCACCUUGGUCAAGAAUGGGAUUCUCAAGAAGAAAGUGAAUCUGAGAAUGAAGAUGUUGCUACCAUGGCGUUCAAGGUCUCUCCUCAUCAUUUCACAACACUAUUUGAAGAUAUCACUGAUGAUGAGGAUCAAGAUCCAAUCAUAUGUCUUAUGGCCAAGAAUGUGAAGGUAAACUCUCCAAACUCAUCGAAUGAUGAAUUAGAUGAGGAAGAUGAAGUUGCUAGUUUAAUUAGCCAAUAUGGUAAAAAAGGUGCAACUAAAAUAAUGAAACUAAUGAUGAAAGUGGAUGAGUUAGAAUAA